AUGACGCACCACAUAUUUCUGUUUACAAUUGAUAUAUAAUAUCAUUUUGAGUUUUAACUUAAAUAUCUUUUUUAUAAUUUUCAAUAUACUGCUAAUUCCACAUGUUUUACUUAAAUUAGAUACCUUAAAUGUUUAGACAUGAAUUUUGCUUUAGAAGAAUGUACUACCGAAAAAAUACCACUUGUGUUGGAGAAUAUCAUCAAAACACUUAUUGGUCGAUCACAACCAAAUGAUUUAUCACAAAAGGAUUUAUUUUUCAUAUUAAUUAUUACUCUUAUGGUCGAAAAUGGAUUUAUGCCUAUCACAGAUGAGUUUAAAUGUAUGGAUAUCAAGUCAUACUUGGAGAUGUUUUCUGGCCAAGAAGCUAAGUUCGUUCUGAUGGGAUUUCAGAAUAUUCCAGUAAAACUGAUAAUGUCGCCUUUGGGUGCUAUGGUUCUGUUGAAUGUAGUGAUAAAUGAGUUAAAAAUAGAUACAUAUUCCAUUUGCUUGCCUGUGAGUCGCUAUAUCGUAUCUGUACAGGCUUCUUCAAUUCCAAUGAUGUUCAGAGAUCUAAAACAUCUCACAUUUAAUUUCAAGAAUAAAAUUAUAGUUCCAGUAAAAAGUAAAAUUAUAAGCCACAGUGGGUAUCCUAGUGCAAGUUUAAUUGGACUACCUCAAGAAGUUUACUAUAAGAUUUUACUUUAUUUACCUUUGAAUGAUAUAAUAAAUGUUAGUAAAACAUGUGGUAGAUUACAUAUGUUGGGUACCAAUGAAUCUUUAUGGCAUGAUAUGAUUAAAAGGGAUUUCAAUGAGCUCCAAUCGGAUAGACAGGACUGGAGAGCACUCUAUAAAGAUAUUUUUAUUUCAAAGGAAAAUGAUAAAUUGAGACAAUAUAGACAAAAUUAUGAAAACAAUUAUUUAGAUUUCACAUUUAAUAAUAACAUGUGGCAUUUAACUUGACAAUAAUUAUAUUUAAAAUAAUAUUUAAUUACUUAGUGAUAUGUGCUUUAGUCACUAAGCAAUUAGGAACAAAAAUGGUUGUUACUAGUUAAAACUGCCACAUUUUUAAUAGAUCCCUAUUUGUACUUAUUUGUAUGCCUCUGAAAUAUAUAUAUUUGAAAUGCAUAGAUAAUGUCAACUAUUCCUCUUCAAACUGCACUUUAUUCCUCUCAAUGUAUGGUUUUUGAGUGGGUUGAGGAAUAGCACCCUUGCAUAUAUGUAUAUAUAUAUAUAUAUAAAACAGUUGUUUCAUCUGUUUCAAAAGAAAUUAUUGUUAAACCUAUAUCUAGAAGUAUAAAGAAUAGUCUUACUCAUUGGGAAAUUCAUGGUAACAAAGUAGUAAAAAAAUGUGGCAGCUGCACACAUCUUAUAUUUCUAAUUCACGAAGAAAGUAGCAAGUCAUAUGUAAAUUAUAUAGAAAAAACAUGUUUGUGUAGACUACAC